UAUGGCUACUACAAAGGAAAGUAAUUUAAGUGCUCUGUAUGUUGAAUUAAAUCGUUUCGCACAAAACGGAGAAUAUGAAAGGGCGCUAAAGACAGCUAAUAAAAUUCUUCAGCAAUUUCCUGGUGAGGAAAAGGCAUUCCACUGUAAGGUUGUAUGCUUCAUACAGCUGUCAAGAUUCCAAGAUGGGUUGAAAGCUAUUUUAAACCAACCAAAAUUUUCCCAGGAGUUGGUAUUUGAAAAGGCAUACUGUCAAUACAGACUAAAUCAGCCACAUGAUGCACUUAAGACUCUGAAUGCUGCUACAUCUUUGUCAUCGCAGUUGAAGGAACUAAAAGCUCAAAUUUUGUACCGGCUUGAAAGAUACGAAGAAUGUUCCGACACAUACCGGGAUAUAAUUAAGAACACCACUGAUGAUUAUGAAGAUGAAAGAGAAACUAAUCUGGCCGCAGUGAUGGCAAAUUUAUGUAUGGAAGGAUCGAAUCGAGACGUUCAGUUACGGGAACACUCGUAUGAGUUGUCGUACAACAGCGCAUGUCAACUGGUGGGACGCCAGCAAUACGCAGACGCAGAGAAGAAGUUAAAAGUCAGUGAGAAACUCUGCAGAGAAUCUUUAGAAGACGACGGCACAGGAGAAGAAGAGAUUGAGGGUGAACUGGGCAUUAUCAAGGUACAGCUGGCUUACUGUCUUCAGAUGCUAGGUCGAGAAAAGGAAGCGCAGUCGAUCUACACGGCAGCUCUGAAGCAGAAGCCCGAUGACAUAGGCCUUGUGGCGAUUGCAAGUAAUAAUAUGGUCGUUAUUAACAAGGAUCAGAACGUAUUUGAUUCUAAGAAGAAGAUGAAAAAUGCCACCCUGGACGGAUUGGAACACAAGCUGACAUCGCGGCAGCGCAAGAACAUCGCCUUAAAUCACUGUUUGCUUGCCCUCUAUACAAAUCAGGGAGAACUGUGUCAGCAGUCGUGUGAGAAACUGGUGGCAUCGUACCCUGAUAUGAGGGCAGAAGUGGCCCUCAUCAGGGCCACGCAGUUUGCCAAGGACGGUAAAACUAAAGAGGCUGCUGCUAUUUUGGAUAAAGAGGCAAAGCAAGAUCAGGAGAAGAAAUUAGAACUGAAACUUGCAGCCGUGCAACUUCUCUUAGCGGAGGGUGACAGAAAAGAGGCUUGUCAAAUUUUACAAAAUUUAGGCGAAGCCACAUUCAAACCAGGCAUUGUUAGUGCAUUAGUUACACUUUACCUAGCGGAAGGAAGUCGUGACGGUGCUUCCAAAGUUCUAAAAGAUGCCGUCGACUGGUAUCGUAAGAACAAGGUUAGCACCGGAGAUCUGGGCACACUCUGGCGCCAGGCUGCGGACUUCCACCUGCGUGGGGGCGAGCCGGACGUGGCCGCUAAGAGUCUGGAGGAGCUAUUGAGAAUCAACCCAAGUGACAAAAAGACGCUGGCCCAGUUGGUUGUGGCAUAUUCACAGUUUGAUCCCAGUAAAGCUCAAACCCUUAGCAAACAGCUGCCGCAGUUAGACUUCACCCAGAGCACAGAUGUGGAUGCUUUAGAAACAUCCAACUGGAUGAUGGGAACGAAGGUUAUCAAGAGGACUGUGGCAAAAGUUGAGCCUUCCCCUGGCUCAAAGCCAGGCACGCCAGGAAAUGAACUAAUUCAGAAGAAAGCAAAACGUAAGCGAAAGGGCAAGCUACCUAAGAACUACGAUUCAAAUGUAACACCUGAUCCAGAACGCUGGUUACCAAAGCAUGAGCGGACAGGCUACCGUAAGAAGAAGGACCGGCGCAAUAAGGACAUCGGAAAGGGAACGCAGGGCGCAGCUACCGGCGCUAGCGACCAGUACGACAUGACGAAGAUGCAAAGUCAACAGUCGAAAGCCUCUCCGAACCCUAACAGUCCGAUCCAACCAGAAAGUACCGGGCCGAGACAGCAACAACGUAAAGUUCAGCAGAAGAAGAAAAAAAAGGGAGGAAAAUGGUAGACACGAGAUAAGAGACGGACGCCAUCAGACCUGCAGAAUGCGACUAAAGCUGUUUCAUGGGCUCAUGGCUCAGUAAAAUGUUGAAAUGUCCUAUAAUUAUCAUUUUGUUUUACUUUCAGUGGCUUUUUAUUUUUAUAUAAAAAGGGAUGAUUUUAUUUUAGAUUAGUCAUGGUCCAUCUACUGGUAAAAUAAAAUAUUAUAACUUGGUGAAAUUCAGAGGUGUUUGAAUAAAGCUGGUCUCGUGACUGAACAUCAUUCGUGCACAAAAAUAUUUUAAAAAAAUUGUGUGCAUCAGAAUUUAUUGCGGCUCCUGGCCGAAAGUUUCCAGCGAGACUGUGUUAAUAUUAAAAUUCUUCGUUGACGAGGCAAUUUGCCUGAUCCGGCUCUAAAGACAGUGCUUAAAAUUGUAAAAUUAUAACUAUAUAACAGUUUUGUCCGUCAUAUCCCUGAAAUAAGCCACUGAUUGGUAGGAUAUUAAUUUCAAGGCGUGUUAAAAUAAAAUUCAAACAAGAAAUUGACACAUUCCAUUACAA